AUGGGCGCGAGUUGCUCGAAGUUUCCCUUUUGCUGGUGGCAUUCGCACUUCAAGCCCUCUGUUCUUGAAUCCCCCGAUCUGGGAAGAGUAACUCCAGAGAGUGUGGUUUACAGUUUUGGAACUAUUCUGCUCGAUCUUCUAAGCGGCAAGCAUAUACCUCCGAGUCACGCACUCGAUCUCAUUCGUGGGAAAAACUUUUUGAUGUUAAUGGAUUCUUGUUUGGAGGGCCAUUUCUCUAAUGAUGAUGGGGCUGAGUUGGUGAGGCUCGCCACACGUUGCUUGCAAUUUGAAGCACGCGAAAGGCCGAAUGCCAAAUCCUUACUGACUUCUCUCAUAUCCCUUCAGAAAGAAUCUGAGGUUCCUUCAUAUGUUUUACUGGGUGUGCCACAAGCUAAUGCAAGUAAUCAGCCAUUGAUGUUGACUCCACUUGGUGAAGCAUGCUUAAGGAUGGAUCUCACAGCCAUACACGAAAUACUCGAUAAGGCUGGGUACAAAGACGAUGAAGGAAUUGCUAAUGAGUUAUCUUUCCAAAUGUGGACAAAUCAAAUGCAGGAGACUUUGAGUUCCAAGAAGCAAGGAGAUGCAGCUUUUCGAGCCAAAGAUUUCUCGUCCGCUAUUGACUGCUAUUCCCAGUUCAUUGAUGGUGGGACGAUGGUUUCGCCAACUGUUUAUGCUCGUCGUUGCCUAGCGUAUUUGAUGAUUGAUUUGCCGAACCAAGCUUUAGGAGAUGCCGUGCAAGCACUUGUUAUAUCACCCGAUUGGCCAACCGCUCUUUAUCUUCAGUCGGCCUCACUCUUCAUACUCGGGAUGGAGAAUGAGGCUCAAGAAUCGCUUAAAGAGGCCACGAAAUUGGAAGCGAGACGAAACAUGAAAUAAGAAAAAAAAAAUGUAUAGAUUUCUCCUCAUUUUUUUGAUUUUCUGACUUAUGUACUUAAAUCUUUCAGCCAUUUUCUUGUCAAAAAACCAGAGGAUUGUUUCAAGUUGAUUGAUGAUUUUCAUUUGUUUUCUCUUUUUGGUAUUUGUGAAACCUUCUUACAGCUUUGCCGAUUUUUGUGAUUGGAAAUUCUUGAUUGUGGACUUUUGUCCAAAUAAUUGCAUCUCAAACAUGAUGCUACUCUUCUCGUGUUGGUGCAAUAAAUUAUAAUCAUUUUGACUGAAGAA